AUGACAAGGUGUAGCGCAGCUGCAGCCAACCCUUCGGCUGCUGGAAGGCCACUUGUCAGUUGGUCAAUCAACUGUUUGGCCAAGUGGCUGUUCGAGUGCAUGGGCGAUUGGAGCAACCAACGUAGGGCCAUGCCAACCGUGAUCCGCACGAGUCCGAGGUCCUGGCACAAGCGUGAGGCGACUGAAACGCCGGAAAUGGAUUGGAGGGAAUAG